AUGGAACAGGCGUGGACAACCAGUCUAUGGUCCAACAUCCAUGAGCUCCAUGCAUACGCGGAUCUGCAAACUGAAGCCGAGAUGAACGAGGCGGAGGACGGCGGAGAACCGAGCCCCAAAGACCCCUGCUCCUCCCGCGGCAUGGUACCCGCCAAGUCCCUGGAGGUGUCCGAGGACCAGGCCCCCAAGCUCUGCGGGUACCUCAACAAGCUGUCGGGGAAAGGGCCUCUGCGGGGGUACAAGCCGCGGUGGUUCGUCUACGACCCCAGAAAGUGCUUCAUGUAUUACUUCAAGACCCCCCAGGACGCCCUCCCCCUGGGGCACAUCGACAUCAGCGACGCCUGCUUCAGCUACGACCUGGAGGCGGAGGAGGGGCUGUUCGAGGUCAGGACCCAGGGGAAGGAGUUCCAGCUCAAGGUGCGACUUUUAAUUCACUUUGACUCACUCACUAUGGCUCACUUUGACUCACUUUGA